UUUUUUUUUUUUUUGGCCCCGAUAAUUUAUUGCUUAAGUUAUUAGAAUCAUUCGUUUAAAUUUAAUAAAUAUUAAUGACGUAUUUGACAAAUAUUGAAAUAUGUAAUGCGGACAAUACAUAGACCUAUAUUAGUACAAUAUGGCUCGAUGUGAAAUGUCAUUGAAUGAAUACAAAAAAAAGAACAAGAUUUAAGUACACUAGGUUAUUUAAACAAUGGUUUAAAUUUUAAAUUUUUUAAUCUCUUAAUCCAUAUUUAAACGUUCAAUAAGUUGUUCAAGGAAUGUAACCUUUUUUUAAAUAGUAAAGAAUUGCAUUUAUUUUUGUAUAAAAAAAAAAUCAGUUGCCAAAAUCAUUAAUUAUAAACUUUGUAGGUAUAGAUCUACCGUAAAUCCCUACGUACCAAUAUAUUUUUCUUCAUUGUCUAAUAAAAUGCUUACGAUAUCUUUUUUCAUAGAUCUUAAUGCUUAAUUUCAAUAAUAGUAAAUUGCGACAUACUUGACGUAUCUUUUCAGAAUUUCUCAAGAGGAAAACAAUUGGCACAUCUACAGGAGACGACUUUUAAGGAUAAGUCUAUUAAACAAUGAUACCCGAUUGUUUUUCUUUGUUAAUUGUUUUUUGGUGUACCAUAAACUAGGUAUAGGUACUCUCUUUCUCUCUCUCUAUCUCUGUCUCUACAAACGUAUUAAUUAAUCAACAAAUAGCGUCGCACACAUCUUUGACUGUUCGUGAACACGUGACGCUUCCAAUUAAGAAGACAAACUAAAUUAUUAUCUCGAUUAAUGAGGACGAACAUUUGUCAGGAGCGCUCAAGAACCGAAAGUCGGGUUCGAAGCAAGCGCAUCCGCCGCGUCCCAGACCCGCCCACAUAUCUCUCAUUGGUUUAAGACUAAUUAUAUUUUCGGUACGAAAUCAUCGGGAGCUAUUUGCAUCGUUUAACGCGUCACGAAUGAUUCCCGACCUUAUUACACAUAGUUUGAGGGUGCGUUUUGGGUUAAACGUUAAACAAAAUGAAUUUUAGUUCGUCUAUACGCCCAUUCGUUUGCGCUUUUCAUCUUCAUUGCGUUCGUUCAGAACGCGCCUGACAGUCCUGUUGUGUGGUGAUACGCGAUUUUCAAUCUUACAGCAAGCAAUCCGUGGUGCGCGUAAGGAAACUCAGUUUAUCGUGUGCAACAGUGUUACAAUGAUGUCCGCUGUCUCGUGAAAGCAACGAAAGAUCAGCUUCAUCAAAAGAAUACGAGAAAAAGUGCAAUUUUAUUGGUUAGGUUCGUUCAGUUUUCGCGCCAAAAAUGAAUCUCGAAAUUAGUACGAACGAAGAAAACGACGAUGGGAAAUUCGAUAAAACCGACAAUAACAGGCUACCAUUCUCAAUUGACAGUCUUCUAGCUAAUAAGUUUCAAGGGAAUGCGAACCGUGAAGGCUCUUACGAAAGUGUAGAGAAUGCGCAAAAUAAAGAUGGCGGACACAUUUUUAAAGUUAAUAUAGACUCUUUUGAUGUUGAUAAUGAUGAUGACGACCGCAGCGACGGUAGCGAAGAGCACGUGGACGUCGAAAGCUCGACGGCUGACGAAGCCCACGAAUAUGUGGAUGCUAGAAGCGAUUUCCAACAAACAGGCUCUUGUUCGUCACGCGGCAAACGCGCACGUACUGCUUUCAGCGCGCAACAGAUCAAAAGCUUAGAGGCGGAGUUUGAGAAAAACAGAUAUUUAUCUGUGGCGGCCAGAGGACGGCUCGCCAGGCAAUUGAGGCUGACGGAAACACAGAUCAAAAUAUGGUUCCAGAACCGGAGAACGAAAUGGAAACGAAAGUACACGAAUGAUAUCGAACUUCUUGCUCAGCAAUACUACACCAGUUUGGGAAUCGUCUCGCCCAGACCUAUGUUCGUUGGGGAUCGACUUUGGGUUUUCAAUUACCCCAACAGAAUACCGCCUACACAACAGCAAUGGAUGAAACCGGUAAAUAACACAACAAGCCCUUUAGACCGUUCGCUAUUUCGAAGUUUAUCCAAACCUGAAAUCCCGCAAUUUUGCGUCCCAGCGAGUGUGUAUCCGAGCGAGCACGUGUUCCCGAACGUCGAUCGGAGUUUUUUGACAGGAAAUGUCAAAAUUCCCGCGCAAAUUCGAUUGCCACGCGAAAUCUACAAUAAUAUGGCGACGGCGCAAAGGAACAUGGAAGCGUUCAAAAAUAACAUCCUCAGCCACAGCACGCCACCGCCAGAGUCCAGUGUAGAUCAUCUAAGAAGACUCGAAGAGAAUUUUAGUAUUUAAGUUUGUAAUAUAUAGUUUUUGUAACGUCUGUUGUGUAAAUAAAAUAGAAUUUUGAGAA